GCACGUAGAUGUUUUGCCAGUGUUUUGCUAGAGUUUUUUUGUAAAGAAAGCCCCAAGUUAUGGCGCUUAAUUUCUAUUUUAGCAAAAGUGUUGAUUCGUAAUUACUUUAAAAACAAAUAAUUCAGAUGUAUAUGUUUUCUUCUUAACGGAGUCAAUAGUCAAACAAGACAUGAGUUAUUACGGAGGGUUUUACAGAGUUACAGAUACACUCAGAAGAUUUAGUCUCCAUAGAGAAGAUAGUUCGGACAGUAUUACAGCUCCUUUAUUUAAAGACGAAGAAACGACGCUAGAAAUACCAAUGAAAUCGUAUGGUGGUAUUUCCGGUACAAAGACGCCACCUAACGGCCGUGGCAAUGGCAACAGCAAUGGACGAACGCUUGGUAAGCGUUUAGAAAAAAGACACGAGCUCAUGGUUUUGCGCAGAUAUGUAGUGGAUAUUGUGUGUGCUUUGGCUUUGUUCGGAAUUAUAUUAAUGAUGAUAGAAACAGAGUUAGUUCUAUUUCACCGAACUAAAAGUACGGAUGUGAUUGCUUUUGUAAUCAAGAUAGGGAUCAGCGCAUCAACAGUUCUGUUGUUAAUAGGGAUUUGCGUAAAUUAUUAUGUGGAACAACAAAUUAAAGCUCUUGACGCAGGAGUUAAAGACUGGCAGUCAGUAAUUGUUGACUCCACUUGGUUUUAUUUAAGUGCAGAACUGUUGGUCUGCUCAGUACAUCCAUUUCCGGGAGAUCUAAAACUAACCUAUACAUCACCGGAAGGGGAAUCUAAAAAGGUCAGCAUAGACGCUGUGCUGUCAAUUUUGAUGAUGGCUAGACUCUAUCUAAUUGCAAAGUUCGCGGUUGUUCAUAGCCGCCUGCUAACAGACACAUCAACGACAAGUAUUGGCGCUUUAAGCAAAAUAAAGAUAAAUACGGUAUUUGUUUUCAAGGCAGCGAUGACUAAUUAUCCAAACAGAUUACUCGUUGCAGUUAUGUUAACGACACUAGUUGUGAACAGCUGGGCGAUGAGGACAUGUGAGAACUAUUAUCUGGGUCCAGACGGACCUACUACUUAUAUGGAGGUAUUGUGGCUGAUCGCGACCACAUUUCUCACAGUAGGGUAUGGUGACAAGAUUCCACAGAGCUACUGUGGUCGCUACAUAUCGAUUUGCACAGGUGUUAUGGGAGUCGGAACAACGGCUCUUCUGGUUGCUGUUUUGGCGCGAAAUCUUGAGCAGACGAGGUCGGAACGCUACGUGUUUAACAUGGUUACAAGAAUUCAAAUUGAAAACCGACGAAAGGCUGCGGCCGCGAACGUUAUAAAAGCUUGUAUUAACUUAUGGCGCGUCAUAAAAUAUUCUGCAGACGACAAGGCUUUGCGGCGGAAAUAUACGGAUAACCUUAAAACAUAUAUACGUCAGUUGAGACUGGCAAACAUUGAAAAAGCUCAUGUCGGUGAAUUCAAUGUUGGAAUCAUAGAAGUGUCCGAGACAGUUAAUAGAAUUGGAGAUAAUGUGGAAAAGAUAGACAAUAGAUUGAUUGGGCUUGAAACAACGCACGACAUUUUUGCAAAUCGGUAUCUUAAAAUCGAAAAUAAACUGGAUGAGAUAAAGACAAUUUUACAAACUAAGCGCUAAACAAAUUGUCAACGGUAAAUAUCUAAAGAAAUGAAUUUAACUUAAGUUCGGAAAAUGUUCUGUUUUAAUCAAAGGUUUGAACUGAACUGUUUUGCCUCGUUUUACGAAACAGCUGUAACAAAUUUACAGACAGGAUAUCUAUCAAUAAUACCUUAUUCGGUUGUUGUUGUAAUCACAUUUACACAAUUUUAUUUCAUAUGGCAAUUAUAAAGCUUGGUAUUCCUCAUGCCUUUGCCGGUUUCAAACAAGCAAUUCCAAGAUCAUGUCUUCUAGGAAGUUACUGUAUUCGAUAUAAACAAGAGGUAACUCAUAAGUUUCUCCGUAAUGUUAUUUAGAUGAAAAUUUGGUACAAGGGUUGGAAAAUUUUCGGGAAAAUUUUUCUGAUCAAAGCGACAUACAAAUUAAAUACUGUCACAUAAAAUAAAACCCACAUCAGUCUGCUGUCUUUCCGCGAAAUAAAAAGAAGCAAUGGUACGUGUUAUAAAAAUAAAAAAAGUGGAAACAAAGCGUUCAGGAAAGACCAUCAGACAAAAAUAUAGAAUCAUGAACGCUAUAUCAGUAUAUUUGUAUUUUUCAUCAUGUAGUUCCAACUGUAAACACACGUAAAAAUCUACUCAUGUUUUUACACUGUAUGUAAACAUCUCGAAUUAUGUACAGUUCUCCAAGGUUAGAGUUUAAAUAAGUUCAACUUACCGUCUUCACGUAUUCUCGUUAGGCAAUUGAACAUUCUUCGGAAUUAAAUUUAGUUGAACGCAAACAUUAAUUUGCGUAGAAAAACGGAGAAUGCCGAAAUCGCAUAUUGCGCAUGCGUAAUUAGUCGAUUGUAAUUAUGGAAACCCUGUCUUACGUAAUGCUAUCAAGAGACAGUAUAUUGCUUAUUUUUUUACCUCAGGUAAGUCUACAAUCCUGUUCAAAACUUAAUUCUUUUUCCUUCAUGACAUAUUUGAGCUAACUGCGUUAAACAAUUUGAUUUGUGCCUGUGUUAACGUCAGCACUGCCAUUAUGUCAUUAUGAUAAUGAAGGCGGACAAAAUCAUGAAACGUCUUUGCCGCACAGUUUAGAUUACAUACUUUGAAUCACUCGAUCCACAGCUCAGUGUGUUUAAGCGCUGUUUGGGUAGUCGUGUGAGGAAGCCAUCCAGCUAGCUUGUAAGAGACCCGCUGCUGCCUAUAAUAAUUCCUGGUGGAGCAGCUGGAACCUUCAUUUAGACUGAAACAAAGCACACGAUAUAACUUUGUAACGGUGUGACAUUAAUCCAAAAAAAGCAGUAACAGUAGACUUAUCCUCAUGAAAUUAAUGCCUACGGUUCUUUCUACAUAUUCGGCGAGUGUAUUUUAUAAAUGUACUUUUUCUUUGUUAUGUAUAACAAUUCUGUAUAAUUGUUGCGAAAUUUCUUGUUAUGUUUUAAUGUUUUUCAUGUCAUAGAAGCGAAAUACAUUUAACUUUCCUGC